AUGACGCCCUUAGGCCCAUUCGUGGUGGUAUUCUGUCUUGCGGCCACCGUUGCUGCGAUUCCCGUACGCCAAGGGCAGCUUCUGUCCGCGAUGCAGUACGACGCGCGCAAGGAACCUUCAGGAACCUUGCUGCAGGAGCUGAAGGACGAUGCGAGUGAACGGGACAGCACUGACAGCAGGAAGGAAUCGAUGGAUGUCGAGCAGGAGCGAGUUUCGGAGUCUGGUAGGGUUGAGUCACCAUUGCCAGCUUUGAACGUUGGUCUGCCGAACCUUCGGAAGAAUAAAAUGCUGGGUUACUUCGGAGUGUACGCUCCGGCAGCGGCUUACGCGCCAACUGCGGCCUAUGCACCGCAACCCUACGCAUAUCCGGUGUAUCAAUCGAUGCUGGAUUACUACGACGACUACCUACCGUUGGACAAUUACCCGAGCCUGAAUAUGUUGGCCAACAUGCAGAGUUAUCCGUCGAAUCUGUACGCCAACAUGCCGAGUGGCUUUCAAACGAUGAGUGGCCUAUCGCCCAACCUCCAGCAACAGUUGCAGAGUCUCGUCCAGCAGCAACAGCAGCAACAGCAGCAGCAGCAACAACAGCAAGUGCAGCAAUCGGGCAACCCGCAGUUGGCUAACUUGGCAGGGUUGGAUGCAAACUCCGCAGCUCUCGGUAGCUUCCAGAGCCUUGCUGCUAGCUUUGCCGCAGGAAACGACAACUUCCAGGCACUCGAGGACGAAGACAUCCUGUCGCGUCAUAGCCAAGCGGGAAGGCGUCGACCAGCGGUUAAAAACUCACCAAUCUACUACAUCCGGUUGCCACCAACACCGUACAUGUUCGUGCCGGGUGUCGGUUACAUCUCGCAACCUCCCACCAUUCAACCCAUGGCCGCUCCUGUCCCGCAGUACCCUCAACUCGCUCCACCACCACCGGUUACGAUGAGUCCUUUCUACCAGCUGCCCAUCAACUUCGUCUCGAACGGCAAACCGAGUGGCAUUUACCAGUGGAAUGGGGCUCCUGCUGCACCGGCCGCACCUCCACAGCCGACCUUUGCCCUGCCGUAUCCUCGCCCCCAGCGACCAGCCUUCGCACCGGCACCGUUCCUGCAGGACUCGAAGGUGACGCAUCUGAAGGGUCCGUUCCUGUUCAAUGGCCGGCCGGAGGAGAUCUUCCUGCUGCAGAAUGCCUUCAACCCGCUGUUCCAGACCCCGCUUAAUGCGUACUACUAG